UUGUCAAUUUCAGCUGUCAUCGCUCAGCUCUAUAGUCUUUGCAGCAUCGCUGAAUGAAGAUAUGUGUUUGUGUUAAAUGGUUGUGAAACAAAGAGAUUUAUACGAAAUAAAUGAGGCUCGGUAGAGAUUUACUGUUUAACAUUACUCAUGAGUACGGAAGAGACUCUGUUGAAUCUCGAUUUCGACAAACCGAACACAACAAUUACGCCGCCCGAUGACGGUGUGGUAUCUUUGUCGAGUAGUUCGGAGGAGAUUUGUUUAGUGCCAGAGGUCGGGUUCGAGGGCAACGUGGAUUCGCCAGGGGUGAACAGAGAGUCGCAGCCGCUGCUAGGCGGCCGCGGCGACUUCGAAGUUUCUUUCAAUCAUUUUCCAGGCAAAUGGCGGCGCUUGUUAGCCAAAAAUGACCCGCAGUUCAGCGAGUUGGUAUGGCAGGCGGAGGUGGCCAUCGACAAUGGAAUCUUCCCCGAGAGGAUAUACCAGGGAUCCAGCGGGUCCUAUUUCGUCAAAAAUCCCGGAGGGAAAAUCAUAGGCGUAUUCAAGCCAAAGGACGAGGAGCCGUACGGCCGGCUCAACCCGAAGUGGACGAAAUGGAUGCACAAGCUAUGCUGUCCGUGCUGCUUCGGCCGGUCCUGCCUCAUCCCCAACCAGGGGUACCUCAGCGAGGCGGGCGCCAGCCUCGUCGACUCCAAGAUAGGCCUCAAGAUUGUGCCAAAGACUAGGGUGGUAAAGCUGGUGUCUGAGACGUUCAACUACCUGCGGAUAGACCGCGAGCGGUCGCGGCUCAAGCGCGCCAUCACGGAGCAGUUCCCCAAUCUGCGCUUCAAUAGAAUGGGACUACCGCCUAAGGCGGGAUCAUUCCAGUUGUUCGUGGAGGGCUACAAGGACGCGGACUACUGGCUGCGGCGCUUCGAGCAGGACCCGCCGCCGCCGCAUGUCAUGAGGAAAUUCCAACUGCAAUUCGAGCGUCUAGUAGUGCUAGACUACAUAAUCCGCAACACGGACCGCGGCAACGACAACUGGCUCAUCAAGUACGACUCGCCCAGCCUGCCGCCGCCGCAUGCUGAAAUGGACCUUAGGGACCCUAGCGAGUGGACAGGCGCAGAGGUCCGCAUCGCCGCCAUAGACAACGGGCUGGCGUUUCCGUUCAAGCACCCCGACUCGUGGCGAGCCUACCCCUACCACUGGGCCUGGCUGCCGCAGGCCAAGCAGCCCUUCAGCCACGAGACCAAGGAGCUAGUACUUCCACUGUUAUCAGACAUGAACUUCGUGCAAGAGCUGUGUGAUGAGCUACAUCUAUUGUUCAAACAGGACAAAGGCUUCGACAAGGGUCUGUUCGAGCGGCAGAUGUCCGUCAUGCGAGGCCAGGUCCUCAACCUGACGCAGGCCCUCAAGGACAACAAGAGCCCCGUGCAGCUCGUGCAGAUGCCUGCCGUCAUCGUCGAGAGGUCCAAGAGCGGUUCGACGUCGUCUCGUUUCUUCGACUCGUUCCAGCAACGUUUCCAGCACAAGUCGCCCUUCUUCUCCUGGUGGUGAACAACGCCGCUAGAUAGAUGUAUAUCAAAAAAUGGUGAUAAGUUCCACUGAAGCUGAUAACGUAUAGAUGUAAACACAAGUGUAUGUAUAUGUAUGUAUAAUGUAGAUUAGAACUAUUGUAAACUAGCUAAUACUGCUCGAGAGGUAGAUCAAACGCUGUUGUGUAUGAUACGAUUAGUUGCACAUAGUUGGAUGUUCUUAUUUCUUUAGAUUUAUAUUUUUUCCUUCAUUUCUAAGUAAAUAGACUGUGAUGUUCUUUUGUCAGUUUGUUUCUAAGCAACGAAUUAAAAAUACUUGGUACAGAAUCUGUAAAAUUUCUUCAAUGAUUUUCAACCUUAUCACAGUAUUGGAAUGAUUCGAUUGUGGUGAAAUUUGACAGAUUCGAGUAUGUUGACCUGCUGGCGUCUGUACAACUCAUGGUUCUUAGCUUCCUACCAAUUUUUCAGUUAUAAGAAGUGUUGACUUCUUUCCAUACAUUGUAUUAAGUUACACCAUAUCAAAAAAACUAUAUGUUAAGAGAUCAUAAUAACAUCACAUUUUGGCUCAUGGAACACUGACAAAAUAUCCCUCAAUUUUCUCAAACAUUUUCAUUUCUAUAUUUCUUAUAGGUCAAUAUUUCUCGUUACUUAUCGUAUCGUACGUAACAAGGCGGUUAAUAUUAUAAUUUUUAUGAACGACAUCGCCUACAAUCCUUGGCUAAAAUGUUUAUUUUUUUAAUAAUUUUAUUAUUAUUUGUGAUUUAUGCUUCUUAGGGGAAUGAGAGCUCAGCUCUUGUAGAUUUAAUUUCUGAUUACUUUUUAAUUAUAGAGUUGUUAUGAAUCCUGUGAGAUGGUGUUUUGUCGAUUGGGAAUAUAAAAACAAAUCUGUUUAGCAAAAAAAAUAUAUUAUGACCGAAUAAAAGUAUUUACCAUCAAGUGAGAAUAAUUUUAGGUUGGCAACUUUUCCAGUUUCGUCGACACUGAAAACUGCUUUUAUCCAGUUCUAGCCAGUUAAGUACUUUAAACUUAUUUACGCUAUGAAACUUGUGAUACUUAGAAGUUAUUUCAAGUUCCCAGUUGUCAUAAACACCAUUUUAGUUGCGGUACAAUUAUAAAGUAAAUAAUCUUAUGUAACAUUUGAUAGCCAAUGUUGGACGUACGUAUGAAGUGUUUUAGCCGAGUGUGAGAGCGAUACAGGUUACAGUAAAUAUCCCCUUUUCAUCUUCAUAAUAUUGUCUUCAAGACCUACUAGUCGAAAACUUCAGGAUAAAAUAAUUUUCUACUAAAAUCAGGAAAAGUUUUACAGAACGUUUUGACAAUGCUCGAAAUAUUUAGUAGUUCAAAAAGCCGCGUUAUUUGAUGUAUUUAAUGAUAUUCGUAUUUAUAACCUUUGUUUGUUCAUAAGGUGUCUUUAUUGAAAAUUCGACAUUUUCUACAGAUUAAAACAAUUUAUGUUUUUCUUACAUUCAUUAUUAAUUUAGAUUUUAUUCGCUUGAAUCAAAAUUGCGCAGCUAUUUAGUACGAUCACAAAAGACAGCAUUGUUAAAAAUAUCUGUAAACUUUUCUAUAGUUAGACUUUUAGACAACCAAUGUGGCUAAUUCGAAUUCAUGUUAUUAUUUUAAUCUUCUAAGAAUAUGCUACUUAAACAUCAUAAAUUCAUAUUGUUUGUCAAAUUAUUAAUUAUUUUAAAUUAUCACAAUUUGGGUUUCUCGAAAUCAUUUGUAAAUACAAUUUAAAUAUUGGAGUUUGUUAUAGAAAAUGCCCAUGUUAUGUAGUUAAAUAUAUUCCCGUUUUCACAUAAUAUACUACGCAGUCAUAUCUAGAUAUUUUUCAGAUAUAGAAAUUUAACACAAUGUAAAUUCUUAUUUAUGAAAAUAUUUUUCCUACAGCAACAUUAUUUUUGGCAGUCAUUCUAAAAGAAGUUUAUUUCUUAAUAAUCUAUGAUUGUAAACUUAAUUUAUACCAGUUAUGUUUAAUUUUGUUUUUAAAUAGCUAAAGAAAUGCGACAUCUUUGAUACUUAGAUAGGAACAUUGAAAUAUCAAAUUGUUUGUGAUCUAUGUUGUUUAAAAUUGUUAAAUAAUACAAAUAGGUAACUUUAACCCCAUUACAAGAUCUUUUGAACCAUGAUUAUUCUGUGAUCAUUGUCUUCUAUUUUGAACUUUAUUUCGACCUCAGUAAAAUUCUUAACACAUUUAAUAGAAAUUUGAAACUUUCUCAUACAUUGAAGAAAGUUUCUAACUGACCAUUUUAUAAUACAUUUUUAUCUUCCCGUGCGUCUCAAAAUGGGCGUGGCUCCAAUUAAAAAUGGCGGCCUGACGCACGAACUUUUGUAUCUAUUUUCUACAACAUACAUUCUUUUUUAUACCCUGACUUGAGCUUAUUAGAAUUCACUUUCCUAUAUCAAAGAGCCUUUAUUUAAUUAAAUGACUUUUGUAAAAAUAAUUUACUUUUGCCACGAAGUGGGCGCGGCCUCGCCGUGCGUAUUAUAACAUAGUACAAUCUAACUUAUUCCGUAUUUGUACAAGUAACCAGUGGCGAACUGAGGUGACAAGCCUUGUGUAUAUUUGCGAUUGAAAAUUAAAAAAAUAUAUCAAUAAUAAACGAUUUUUUACAUCGAAUAUUUCAUUCAGGCAAACAUUUCAGUUCAAAAAAUUAUUUAUUUGAAAUACCCCUACUCUUUUUAACGUAACUUGUAUGAUUGAUUGAUUUCUCAAAUACUUAAUUCUAUAUUUUACCGAUAAGCUAAAUAUUUCUGAAAUAAAAUAAACUUAUUCGUGAAAUAUCCAUCAGGCUUGUCCCCUUACACAGCCCAUUGGCAGUAACCAUGAUAGUUAAAAUAAUGAAUUCCCUACGAUUUGUAACGAUCAAGUAGAAGAAACUAAACGAAAUAAUAACGUUUAUGUACAUGUAUGUAUUUAUGUAAGUAACUGUGAGAGUAACUGAAUGAGUGUGUUUAUAGAUACGUUUCAUCAUUUCUAGGAAGAUUUCCUUUGAUAAAAUAGAUUUUUUCUGACCCUCAAACAAACAUUUUUUACAACUCUAAAGUUGUAACUGGUUGAAAAAUGUUGAUUUUUCUUUGCUAUUUCUGUCUGUGGUAUCUUAAUAUAUUCACAUGUGUAAAGUCUACAAUACCACUAACAUGCCUUUUAGUACUUUUGUGACCUUAAAGAGAUUAUACAAGUAAGUCUUCCUUUAAAUGGUAGAAAAUAACAAUUUCAUGUUGUACAUACUUUUAACAACUUUUGUUUGAUAGUUAUUACAAUGUUUAUUACGCAUUAUUAUUUAAUAUUUGAGAAAAAUAUAAUCACCAUUGCAUUUUA